ACACAGGGGGACCAUAUUCUCCAAGGAUGACAAACGGGUUCCGUUUUUUUCUUUUUCACAGCGAUAAGCCAAUAGCAGUGCAGAAGAUCAUUUUAAGACGCCGUUGAUUCUGUAUGUGUCAAGUUGAAUAGUAUCAGCCAACAGACCGAAGAAGUAAUCAAUCUGAAGGGUGUACAGAAAUAUGUUUUUUUCGUUUCUGUUUUACGGUUACCUGCCUCUCUGAAGUACAAUUCCUCUGUAGUGCCAAUUCGUGUUUUCCGAAGUGCCGGUCCAGUUUUGGUCACAUAAAUUACAGAUACACUUUUGUCUGCAGAAAUUGUGUCGCUCGUCUUGGCUCUUGCGUCUCGCGGAACGAAUCGCUUGGAUUAGCGCCUGAGUGUUGGGUUUAGGGAUCAGUUGCGGUUUAGUUACAACAGCAGCGGCAGAAGCAGAACCGGACUCGAAAACUGCAGAAAAGGCUACGCUGGCCUCCGAGCAAUAAAUAACGCGUAUCUUCAACAGAGAACCUGGUUCAUGUUCAGGGAUAUUCUACGCGCUGGUUGUAACCAGAGUGGAUCAAAAGGAUGGGAUAUGCCAACAAAACCUUCAGAAGAUACACGUUCCUGCUGUGGCUUGCGUCUGUGCUUCUUCUAGUAGAGAGUAAGAAAACUAAACCCAGAUGCCCCUCUUCGUGUACAUGCACCAAAGAUAAUGCCCUGUGUGAAAACAUAAGAUCGGUUCCUCGCAGCUUCCCUCCCGAUGUCGUUUCAUUAUCAUUUGUGAAAUCAGGAUUCAACGAAAUCCCAGAAGGAAGCUUCGUCCACACACCAGCACUGCAGCUUCUCCUGUUCACAGCCAACUCCUUUGAUUCUAUAAAUGAAGAUGCUUUCCUGGGUCUUCCCCAUCUGGAAUACCUGUUUAUUGAAAACAACAAAAUCAAGUCUAUUUCCCCAAAUGCUUUCAGAGGACUGAAAUCCCUAAUACACUUGAGCCUGGCUUAUAAUAAUCUGGAAACACUACCGAAAGAUGUUUUUAAGGGGAUGGAGGCGCUCACAAAAGUGGAUCUCCGAGGUAAUAUCUUUAACUGUGACUGCAAAUUGAAGUGGCUUGUAGAAUGGAUGUACAACACCAAUGCAACUGUGGACCAGAUCUUCUGCAGCAGCCCACCAGCUUAUCAAGGGAAGAAACUCCAUGAGCUCUCGGCACAGUCAUUUGACUGCAUAACGACAGAAUUUGCCGCCUACCAAACCCUGAAGUUUGAGUCUAUUUCGGUAGAUUCAUUCUCCUAUAUGAAUGAUGAAUAUGUUGUAUUUGCCCAGCCCUUUAUUGGAAAAUGCAGUUUUCUGGAAUGGGACCAUGUUGAAAUGGUCUUCCGGAAUUAUGACAACAUCAACAGCACUUCCACUGUUGUCUGCAAGCCACUGGUUAUUGAUGGUCAGCUGUUCAUUAUAGUCGCCCAGCUCUUUGGCGGCUCUCACAUCUACAAACGGGACAAUUCUGCCAGCAAGUUCAUCAAAAUCCAGGACAUCGACAUUCUGAAAAUCAGGAAGCCCAACGAUGUUGAAACCUUUCGAAUCGAAGACGAAUCCUACUUUGUCAUUGCUGACAGCUCUAAAGCAGGGUCCACGACAGUGUACAAAUGGAACGGCAACGGUUUUUACUCUCACCAGUCCCUUCACCCCUGGUACAGGGACACAGAUGUGGAGUACCUGGAAAUAGCUAGCAAGCCGCACCUGAUUCUCUCGAGCAGCUCUCAGAGGCCUGUCAUUUACCAGUGGAACAAAGCCCAGAAAGCGUUCGAAAGACGCACAGACAUCCCCGAAAUGGAAGAUGUCUACGCAGUGAAGCACUUCAAAGUGAAUAACGAUCUGUACAUUUGCUUGACCAGGUUCAUCGGGGAUUCUAAAGUGAUGAAGUGGGAUGGCUCGAUGUUUUCAGAGAUACAGACAAUGCCGUCCCGGGGCUCAAUGGUGUUCCAGCCUUUCGCGGUCAACACCUGGCAGUAUGCAAUCCUCGGAAGUGACUACUCCUUUACUCAAGUCUAUCGCUGGGAUAUGAAGAAAGGGCAGUUCGUUAGCUUUCAAGAGCUGAACAUCCAGGCUCCAAGGGCAUUCUCCCUGGUUUCCAUUGACAAACGUGAGUUCUUGCUUGCCUCCAGUUUUAAAGGAAAAACUCAGAUUUACGAACACCUUGUGAUUGACCUAAGCGAUUAACAGGAGCAGAUCUAGCUUGUGUUUAAGAUGCAGUCAAGAUUCUCAACUGCACUGGAUGGGGAUGGACCCUGUUGUUGGACGACAUGUGCAUGAUAAAACCCGCUAAUGAUACUUCCAGAUGAAUGCCUUGCUAGAAAUGUCCAUCUUAUGUUUUUUUUUUGUUGUCACCAUCUGGCGCUUUCUUUAAAAAAAAGAAAAGCCCACUGUUAACUCACUCUUUCCAACAAUGAGCUGUAAAUACCUGUGCACAUCUGUCAUGGUAGAGGGAAAAAUAAAUCAAAUGUACUUUUUCAUCUAUUUAUUAACCUGUUUGGAAAAAGAAGAAACAAUCUGCCAAAUAAAAUGUUUACAUUUUUCUGUCUUUACAGUGUAAGCAAAAUUAUUUAUAAAUGAAGCUUUUGUAAAUAUCUGAGGGACCAUGCCAGUGAGACAAAUCUUUCAUAUAAAGGUUAAUGUUUCAAUUUUAAAGUCACAUUUGUAAUUAAAGAAUUUAACCUGUUGCAAUGCAAACCUAGAUGUUGUUGUGUGAAAACAAAAAUCUAAGCAACUUGGAUUUUUAUUGUUGCUUGUUUGUAUGAAACUGUAUAGUACUCUACUCCUAAUAAAAAUCUGAAAUAAAA